UAUUGGGUUCGCUUGUAGUCUUCACUAUUCGGAGUAGGGUUGCAGCAGAUAGACGCCACCACUCUCUCAGUCUCUCUUCUCGUCACCGCAGCCACCCCUCAUAGUGGCUCGAAAAACCCCAAUUACCAUUUUUUCUCGCUCUAAAAGCUGUCUAAAGCUUACUCUCUCUCUCUCUAAAGCCCUUACAAUUCCCCAAUCUCUUUGCAACAAUGGGGGCUUCUCUGCCUGCCAAAGAGGCCGGCCUCUUCAAGCUUAUCGUUAAAUCAUAUGAAACUAAACAGUAUAAGAAGGGACUCAAAGCAGCCGAUGCCAUUUUGAAAAGGUUUCCAGAUCAUGGAGAAACUUUAUCAAUGAAGGGGUUGACUUUAAAUUGUAUGGAUCGUAAAUCUGAGGCAUAUGAGCUUGUCCGGCUAGGUCUUAAGAAUGACCUCAAAAGUCAUGUCUGCUGGCAUGUCUAUGGUCUCCUUUAUCGGUCGGACAGGGAAUAUAGGGAGGCAAUCAAAUGCUAUAGAAAUGCAUUGAAAAUAGACCCAGACAACAUUGAAAUUCUACGCGACCUGUCACUGUUGCAGGCGCAAAUGCGGGAUUUGACGGGCUUUGUUGAGACUAGACAGCAACUGCUGACUCUGAAACCAAAUCAUCGUAUGAAUUGGAUCGGCUUUGCUGUUGCCCAUCAUCUAAAUUCCCAUGCUUCAAAAGCAGUUGAUAUUCUAGAAGCAUAUGAGGGCACACUUGAAGAUGAUUUUCCUCCGGACAAUGAGCGGUGUGAACAUGGAGAAAUGCUUUUAUAUAAGGUUUCUCUAUUAGAUGAAUGUGGUUCUCUUGAAAAAGCACUUGAGGAGUUAUACAAGAAAGAGCCAAAAAUUGUUGAUAAAUUAACUUACAAAGAGCAAGAAGUUUCUCUGUUAGUGAAGCUUGGUCGCCUGGAAGAGGGUGCCAAAUUGUAUAGGCAAUUACUUUCCAUGAAUCCUGACAAUUAUAUAUACUACGAAGGACUGCAGAAAUGUCUUGGAUUGUAUUCAGAUGAGGGUGGAUACUCUUCUGAGGAAAUUGAUCAGUUAGACAACUUAUACAAUUCACUAGCGCAGCAAUAUACUUGGUCAGCAGCUGUUAAGAGAAUACCACUGGAUUUUCUCCAAGGUAACAAGUUUCGAGAAGCUGCGGAUAAUUAUAUUAGGCCUCUCCUUACAAAGGGAGUUCCUUCUUUAUUUUCUGAUCUUUCUCCUUUGUACGAUCAGCUUGGCAAGGCAGAUAUUCUGGAAAAACUGGUUCUUGAGUUGGAGGAUUCAGUUAGGACGACUGGAAGAUUCCCUGGGAGAGAAGAAAAAGAGCCCCCUUCGACGCAUAUGUGGACUUUAUUUUUCUUGGCACAGCAUUAUGACAAACGAGGCCAAUAUGACAUUGCUCUCUCAAAAAUUGACGGGGCUAUGGAGCACACGCCAACAGUAAUCGAUUUGUAUUCGGCUAAGAGUCGGAUAUUGAAACAUGUUGGGGACUUGCCUGCUGCUGCGGCAUUGGCAGAUGAAGCUAGGUGUAUGGAUCUAGCUGAUCGCUACAUAAAUAGUGAAUGUGUAAAGCGCAUGCUGCAGGCUGAUAAGGUGGCUUUGGCAGACAAAACUGCUGUGUUGUUUACCAAGGACGGGGAUCAGCACAACAAUCUUCAUGACAUGCAGUGCAUGUGGUAUGAACUUGCUUCUGGUGAAAGUUACUUUCGCCAAGGUGAUCUUGGACGGGCUCUGAAGAAAUUUUUAGCUGUGGAGAAGCACUAUGCUGAUAUUACUGAGGAUCAGUUUGACUUCCAUUCCUAUUGCUUGAGAAAAAUGACUUUGCGUUCCUAUGUUGAAAUGCUCAAAUUCCAGGAUCGGUUGCAUUCACAUACAUAUUUUCACAAAGCGGCAGCUGGGGCUAUCAGAUGUUAUAUAAAGUUGUAUGAUUCUCCUUCCAAAACCGCAGCUCAAGAAGAUGAUGAAAUGUCAAAAUUGCUUCCUUCGCAGAAAAAGAAGAUGAGGCAAAAACAAAGAAAGGCUGAGGCCCGUGCAAAGAAAGAGGCAGAGGUAAAAAAUGAGGAAUCUUCUGCUACUGGUGUCUCCAAGUCUGGAAAGCGGAACGUCAAGCCUGUCGACCCAGAUCCACAUGGCGAAAAGUUGUUGCAGGUUGAGGAUCCCUUAUCAGAAGCUACAAAGUACUUGAAACUGCUUCAGAAGAACUCACCAGAUUCUUUGGAGACCCACUUGCUUUCUUUUGAAGUAAACAUGAGAAAGCAGAAAAUUCUGCUUGCGUUGCAGGCUGUAAAGCAACUGCUGAGGUUGGAUCCUGAGAAUCCGGAUUCGCAUUGCUGCUUGAUUAAAUUCUUCCAUAAAGUGGGGUUGAUGGCCGCUCCAGUGACUGAUGCUGAAAAGCUUAUUUGGAAUGUCUUGGAAGCUGAGCGCCCAGCUAUCAGUCACUUACUUGAGAGAUCUCUGAGCGAAGCAAAUAAGUUUUUCCUCGACAAACACAAUGACUCUCUGAUGCAUAGAGCUGCAGUAGCAGAAAUGGUUUAUGUUCUGGAACCUGACAAGAAAUCUGAGGCUAUUAAACUAAUUGAAAAUUCAACCAAUAAGCCGGUGCCAGGGGAUGUGGCACUUGGAUCAGUCAGGGAAUGGAAACUCAAAGAUUGCAUUGCUGUCCACAAAUUACUUGGAACGGCUUUUGGCGAUAAUGAUGCUGCAUUAAGGUGGAAGACACGUUGUGCUGAGUACUUCCCUUACUCAACCUACUUCGAGGGCAAGCAGAGCUCUGCUGUCUCCAAGUCAGCUUACAACCAAGCAUUCAAGAACCCUGUAAACAGUGCAGAGAAUCUUGAAAGUGAUCAAAAUGCUUCAGUUGCAUCAAAUGGGAAACUGGAAGCUUUCAAGGACCUUACGAUCUGAAUGAGAGACGUAAUUUAUGCAUUAGUUAAAGUAGAUGGAUAGUGGUGGAUCAGAUAGUCAAGCUGUGGCUCUCAAAUAUACCAAGUGAGAUUGGAGUUCUCCAAGAGAAUCAUCCCGAGUCGUAUGGAGAUGAUAGUGUGCUCUCUGGUUUUGGUAUUUUAUUUCUUCACCAGUCCCUACCUGAUUUUGAAAGCAUUCCUUCGCAGAUGUGUAUAACCUGUGUUCAUGGUGCUAUUUUAGGUUUGUUUUUGUUUUUUCCUUAUUGUUGGGUCGCUAAUUUGUGUGAUCUUAGACAGUAGCGGUUCCAUGCCUUUGCAGCCAAGUUUUUUAGACUGAUGGCUCUUUUAGUUGAGGGGAGCAUUUCAGAAAUUUCGGGGUACUGGUCCAACAUCCGGAGAUGACAGAACAAUACCUGGUAGAGCUGAUUUUUUUUUGCAGCAUGUUGUACUGCACUCAUUUCUUUCACUGUUUCGUCCAUGAUGUAUAAGCGCUAUAUACCUGCGUCUGUCAAAUUUCAUCUUUUAUUGGAAUAUACGUUGUCAACUUUCCCCGUAUGCUAAACGGUCGAGGGAGAGAUGCGGUUCCAAUAAUAUGGAGACUUGACGGUUCAAAAUAAUUUGUUGGAAACAUCAUAUUUAUUGGUUGAGGGGUGGUUUAUAUGUCUUUCGUUGGA